UUGGUGUUCUUCGUAGAGAUGGAAAGAACUAUGAGGGGUUGUCCCAGCCAUGGUGAGUCAAUGCAACCGAAGGCAGCAGGGGCAGCAUACAAAUGCAGCGGAUGCAAAGAAAUGGGGUUCGGGAGCAGUUACGAGUGUGAAAACGACGACUGCAAUUACAUCCUCCAUGAAGACUGUGCAAAUGCUGUUUCCAAUGCUGUUCAUCGAUUUCUCCCAGAGAGCAAGUUCGAGUUUCUUGAGAAACCACCAGGGUACCCUAGGUAUUGCGAUGCUUGUGGAAAAGAUGUGGUAGGGUUUGUGUACCACUGUAGCCACACAGGCCAUGAUCUGCACCCACGCUGUUUAAACCUGAAAGAUAGAAUUUCUGAUGAAGAAGGGCUUGUGACACUGGAACUGUGUAAGAUGAUGGUUCCCUCUAAGUGUGUGAAGUGCAACCAUAGGAGGGUUGAGGAGGGAGUUAAAACGUGGUCUUACGUGUCUUCUGAGGGUGAAUUGUGUUACCAUGUGCGGUGCGUCAAGAAGUUGAUUCUUGAGAAAUUGGAGGAGAAGUAUUUCUCUCAACAAACCAAUCCAACUGAUGAGGCCGAAAGCUCUCAGGUUGCAGAGAGAAUUGACCAAAGUGGAGCAGUGUCAAGGAGGUCAAGGAAAAUGAAGAAGUUCACCAAGAUUGCUGUCUUGGUGUUCAGGCUAAUAGUUUCAGCUAUUUUCGGGAACCCUAUAAUGGCCAUUGCUGGCCUUUUUGAAGCCCUUGUUUCAGGCUAACAAGGACAUACCCUACACUACACAACUUAGAUAUACUCACUUUCUUACUUUUUAAAUUGUUCUUCGAUUAGAAUUUCAGUUUUAUCUUCAGUUUAUUAUAGAUGAUCAAGAGAUAAAACUAAUUUUAAUUGAAAAACAAGAUAAAAGAUAUUUAAGUAACUGUAUCUAAGUUCCGUCAUUGUUGUUAUGUUUUUUUUUUUUAAUUUGGUUGGUCUGCGUGCAGUUUGAUAUGAUAGAUUGGUAUACUUUGAAUAAAGUUUCUGUUAUAUGGUGGGAGUUGUUCAAUUAUGAUAUGUGUGAAAGUACCAGGUUUCAGACUUUCAUACAUCUUGUUGUCGCCUUUGUUAUGAUUUAUCAGGAUAUUCAA